AUGAAACAAGGCGUGUUUCAGGGCCAGGAGUACCAGCCCAUCGACAAGUACUACGCCAACGACGGCUCCAACGCAACCCAACCUCAACCCACGCCCCAUCCACAGCUCCAGCAGCACCACCAACUCCCCCAAUCCAACCCUCAGCCUGGCAGUCUAGCUGCCCCCAAUGGGCCUGGCGCCCUUACUGGUCAUGGCGGUCCUGGCGGUCCCGCUGGAGGUCCUGGAGGUCCUGGAGGCCCCGGAGGCCCUGGUUUCUUCCCUUCGUACCCUAUGCAGAUGCCCUUCUCUGGUAAUGUCGACGACCCGCGCUGCGUUCCUCAAGACGCUAUGUCACUGGUCAGAGACUUGCAAAACAACAGAAUGAGAGGUCUAUACGCCUACCCGAGUGGGUACGUGCCUCAGUUGAAGCAGCUGUUUAACGAGCCCAGUCUGAGUCACGCCAGCAGUCACAGUGCUGCGUCGUCGCUGCUGCCGGGAACUGGUGGUCAGCCUGGUGGACAGCCUUCUGGGUCAUCGGGUUCUUUAGACUUUAGUCCGACAACCAGAACAAAGAAAGAGGAUCAUGGGCUUGUGCUGUUGAUUCCGCCUCUUCACGUGCAAGAGAAGAACGCCAGGAAGGAGGAUGUGGAAAAUAGAGAGCAUGCCAUCACCACCAGAUGCCUGAGGUGCAAGAAAGACUUUGUUCAGAGCUUUGUCAAGGGCAAAAACGGCAGCAAGGACCUGGAGCCCAAGAUCUACAAGUUGUGCCAUCACUGUAGGGAUCUCCAGAGACAGAGAUCUCGCCGCUGGCAGAAGAAAACAAAGGAUAAACAGGGUGCUUGUCGGCGAUGCGGAGGCACCAUCUCGGAAGAGGAACAGAACUAUGUGCUUUGCCCGCAGUGUAGGGAGAGUCUACGGCUACGAAAGGCCAAUAGGGCUGCUCAGGGCAAGUGUGUGCACUGUCUGGGCCCGAUAGGUGCUCUGAUCAUGGGCGACGGCACUGGCGACCGCCGGGCGCUGUCUGGGCUGUUUAAGGUGUGCCAGCGGUGCCGAGAGAAUGAUAAAAUCAGGCGAACCAAUCUUGAACGGAUGGGUAACUGUAAUCGUUGUGCCAAAGCGUUGGACCCGUCUCAGCAAGGUAAACAUAAAGUGUGCACUUCGUGCCGUCAAAAGAAGAAGAAGGGAGCUUCAUCGUUGUCGCCUUCUGAGCCUUCUAGCGAUUCAAACACUUUAUCGAUGCCUGAUUCUAUGGGCGCCCCUCCUGUGAACUUUGUUCCCGCCGGCCAGGCUGCCAUGAUGGGACUGAUGGGUCAAAUGGGCCAGCAAAUGGGCCAGAGCCUGAUGAGCAACCCGUUGGGCCAGAGCCUGAUGAGCCAGUACCCAAUGAACCACAUGAAUCAGAUGGGCCAGAUGGGCCAGGACUACUAUGCCCAGUUCAACCAACCAAUGGUCCAACACUUGCCCCAGCCCAUGGGCAUGUCACAGAACCAGGACCAGCAGAAUCUGCAACAGCUGCAAUUCUCUGCCCGUGGCCGUCUUCAAUAG